AUGGGCAGCUUACAGACUUGGGAAGAGAUUGUCUUCCAGAAACGGCUCAUCAGAGACCAACUCCUUGCCCCGUACUUAGUCGAUGUAGCUCAACGUCUGCCGCAAGUACAGAAUCCCGAGGAGCGUACUCGAUUAGAAGAUCCCUCGAUCCAAAAGAUCACAGACAUUGACAAUGUCACCGCUCUGCUCGAGUGCCUAGAGAAAGGAGAGUUUCAAGCAGGACAAGUGAUCAAGGCAUAUAUCCAACGCGCUGUGGUAGCACAUCAAUUGACAAACAGUUUGACCGAGAUUCUGUUCGAAGAUGCAAUAGAACAGGCAAAGCAGCUAGACGCCGACUUUGCAGAAACAGGAAAGCUCAAAGGUCCCCUGCAUGGAAUCCCAAUUACGCUGAAAGACCAAUUCAACGUAAGAGGCGUUGACACGACCCUGGGAUACGUGGGCAGGUCCUUCGCUCCCGCCCAGGAAGACGCAGUGCUCGUGCAGAUCUUGAAGAGCAUGGGUGCCAUCGUCAUCGCAAAGACAAACCUUCCACAGAGUAUCAUGUGGGCCGAAACCGAGAAUCCUCUCUGGGGACUCACGACCAAUCCUCGCAAUCCAAUUUUCUCGCCCGGUGGCUCAACUGGUGGCGAAGGUGCUUUGUUGACAUUGCAUGGAUCACUAUUUGGAUUCGGAACUGAUAUCGGCGGAAGCAUAAGAAUCCCACAGUCUACAGUGGGCUUGUAUGGCUUCAAACCAAGCAGCGCUCGACUCCCCUACCAGGGCGUACCCGUCUCUACCGAAGGCCAAGAACAUGUCCCAUCUGCCAUUGGUCCGAUGGCCCGAGAUCUCUCGUCUAUCUGCUACAUGAGCCGUCUGAUAGCAAACAGUCAGCCCUGGGACCUCGAUCCGCGAUGCGCCCCUCUUCCCUGGAAUGACACUGCAUUCCAAGAACUUCAAGACCGACCUAUGGUCAUUGGCUUGAUCCUGGAUGACGGCGUGGUAAAAGUCCACCCACCUAUUGCGCGCGCCCUGCUGGAACUCUCAGAAGUGCUUAAAGCACAGGGCCAUGAGGUUGUGGUCUGGGAUACAUCUGAUCAUGCGGGGUGCAUUGAGAUUAUGGAUCUCUUCUACACGGUCGACGGAGGCGAGGAUAUUCGUCGAGAUGUAGCUGCUGCUGGCGAACCAUUUAUUCCUCACGUUGAAGGGCUGGUUAACCGCGGCAAAGCUGUCUCAGUUUAUGAGUAUUGGCAGUUGAACAAGCGGAAAGCUGCCAUGCAGAAGAAAUAUCUGGAUAAAUGGAAUGCGGUGCGGUCUCCGUCGGGUCGGGCUGUCGAUGUUCUGUUGAGUCCUACUUUGCCGCAUACGACUGUGCCUCAUCGGAAAUUCCGUUGGGUUGGCUAUACUAAGAUUUGGAAUUUCCUAGACUAUCCAGCUUUGACUUUCCCAGUGGAUAGGGUGAGAGCCGAGCUGGAUGUGUUGCCUUCGGAACUCUACGUUCCCAGAAACAGUCACGAUGAGUGGAAUUGGGAUCUUUACGAUGCCAACCAGGUGGAUGGAUAUCCGGUGAAUCUGCAGAUCAUCGGCAAGAAACUUCACGAAGAGAAGGACUAUCAGUCAAUAUUUCUCAAUAUUGAGAAGCUCAAACUUCUCGGCGUCAAAGCCUCCCAAGUGGAUGUAUCCGAUGAGAAACUGCAAUUCGACCCUUGCUUCUUCGAGCCAUACCCAGAGAAGAUUUUUCACAAAUAUCCAAUGGUGACUCCAAGGGACAUUGAAGAACUGGAUGAUCCACCAACAUUGGAUGACUUUCUAGAGGAAGCGAAAAAGUUCUCUGCGGACGAAAAAGAGCAACUUGCCAUCGCAAAGUCUAGACAUAAAACACACUAUGCGGAGUCCACUCGUGACGGGUGUUAUGGCAAUGCCCUGGAAGUCCAUCGACAUAUUGACUGGCACCUUGGUCAUAUACGAACGACGAAUGCAGAUGCUUACAACGUGGAGGACUGGUUCUAUCUCAGUCAGCUCACUGAUCUUGAGUGUGUUGGUAAGGUACAAGGUUGGAAGAGAGGUGACCCCAUACUGCACGAGUUGUUCACACUCAAUGUUCUUUGGAAAGUGGAAUACGCCUACCGACCUCGGGACAAUGGCAACCGCGGAAAGCCACAUUUCAUUAUGGAAGUCAUCUCGCAUGCAUACGCGAGUGCCGAAGAUCAAAGUCUGACUAUACAUAAGCUGAGGGAUAUUGUGUGA